CCCCGCGGCCCCCGGGACCAUGGCCCUGGAGAAGCUGUGCCCCGUGCUCAAAGUGUUGUUAAUAACAGUACUUGUGGUGGAAGGGAUUGCUGUGGCCCAGAAGACCCAAGAUGGGCAAAAUAUUGGCGUUAAACACAUUCCACCUUCUCAGUGUGGCAUUUGGGUUCGAACUAGCAACGGGGGCCAUUUUGCUUCUCCAAGUUAUCCUGAGUCGUACCCACCAAACAAGGAUUGUAUCUACAUUUUGGAAGCGGCUCCUCGUCAAAGAAUAGAACUGACCUUUGAUGAAGCUUAUUACAUAGAGCCUUCAUUUGAAUGUCGGUUUGAUCACUUGGAAGUUCGAGACGGGCCAUUUGGUUUCUCCCCUCUUAUAGACCGUUACUGUGGCGUGAAAAGCCCUCCGUUAAUUAGAUCAACAGGUAGAUUCAUGUGGAUAAAAUUUAGUUCUGAUGAAGAAUUAGAAGGCUUGGGAUUUCGAGCAAAAUACUCAUUUAUUCCAGAUCCAGAUUUUACUUACCUAGGAGGUAUUUUAAAUCCCAUCCCAGAUUGUCAAUUUGAGCUCUCAGGGGCCGAUGGGAUAGUACGUUCCAGUCAAGUAGAGCAAGAAGAAAAGACAAAACCUGGACAAGCAGUUGACUGUAUAUGGACAGUUAAAGCCACUCCAAAAGCCAAGAUUUAUUUGAGAUUCUUAGACUACCAAAUGGAACACUCGAAUGAAUGCAAGAGGAACUUUGUUGCUGUCUAUGAUGGAAGCAGUUCCAUUGAAAAUCUGAAGGCAAAAUUUUGCAGCACGGUAGCCAACGAUGUGAUGCUACAGACAGGGAUUGGAGUGAUACGAAUGUGGGCCGACGAAGGUAGCCGGCUUAGCAGGUUCAGAAUGCUGUUUACUUCCUUUGUUGAUCCUCCCUGUUCAAGCAGCACUUUCUUUUGCCAUAGCAACAUGUGCAUCAAUAAUUCUUUAGUCUGCAAUGGUGUUCAAAACUGUGCAUACCCUUGGGAUGAAAAUCACUGUAAAGAAAAGAAAAAGGCGGGGCUAUUUGAACAGAUCACCAAAACCCAUGGAACAAUCAUUGGCGUCACAUCUGGGAUUGUUUUGGUCCUUCUCAUAAUUUCUAUCCUAGUGCAAAUCAAGCAGCCCCGCAAAAAAGUCAUGGCUUGCAAAACUGCCUUUAACAAAACUGGCUUCCAAGAAGUGUUCGAUCCCCCUCACUAUGAACUGUUUUCACUGAGGGACAAAGAGAUUUCCGCAGAUCUGGCCGAUCUGUCGGAGGAACUGGAGAACUACCAGAAGAUGCGCCGUGCUUCUACUGCUUCUCGAUGUAUUCACGACCACCACUGUGGCUCCCAAGCCUCCAGUGUCAAACAAAGCAGGACCAACCUCAGUUCCAUGGAACUUCCUUUCCGUAAUGAUUUUGCACAACCUCAGCCAAUGAAAACGUUUAAUAGCACCUUCAAAAAGAGUAGCUACACUUUCAAACAAUCACACGAAUGCUCUGAGCCGGCCAUAGAAGACCGAGUGAUGGAAGAGAUCCCCUGUGAAAUUUACGUGAGGGGGCGAGACGAUUCUGCACAAGGAUCCAUGUCCAUUGACUUCUAAUCUUCUACCAGAGGUGAAAUUCAGGCAUGUGCACGUAAAUGCACAGCACACACGGGCCAAAUACUGCCUCCUUUUUUCCUUUUGGCUUCAUUCCACUUCUUUUACCCCCUCAGAAAUACGAGGUACUAGUAACUCUUGUAACGGUGAAGUUUUUGCUCUCAGGUGGCCUGGCUAGUUUGAACAACAAACUGAAGGUUUCUCAUGGAUGCCUAAAGAUGGAUAAUAUUACUUUAGUAGCCAUAUCAGUAAGUUCUAGUCUUGCAUUCGCUCUCAGCUUUUCAGAGCCUUCCUUCAUCUUUUCUCUAAAUGCCAUCUUGUUUUCAAGCUAGUCAUUUUAAUAGUUCAAAUGCUUAACUAUGUAAAAGCAAUUCAUGCACUUACACAUCUUUUGAUAAGGACUGUCGGUACAGAAUUUGUCAAAUUACAGCUUGAGUUAUUAUGGUAAGUGCCAAUUAAGACCCAAGAAUUACGUUGGAUCCAUCUGUUUUCUUCUUGACUGAUUUCUAUACUGCUGCCAUUUAAUUCCUUAGCCUGUGAUUUCUGUGAGAAGUAAAAUGGUUUAUUGCAUUUUGAUGGUAUUUAUCAGUUAUACUAUAGCUAAAUACUUUAGAACCUUGAGAUACAUAAGCCUUUACAUUACCUUAGUUGGAAAUUCAGAAACCAAAAUGAAGUGGUUCACCUGCUUUACAAUUUCAAACACUGGCUUGUUCCCAGCGCUUGACCCCACCUAUGCUAGUGGUGGAUUUUAACUUCCUCUGUUGUAUAGAUAGUGUUAACAUUUUUUUAGAAGAUCUAUACGUUCCCCCAAUCUAUGUUCUUUUUUUUUUUUAAAAAAAAAGCCCUUAUUCCACAUAUUUAUUUUUCUUCUGGUAUGUAAUAACCAAGUUUUCUGAGGAAGGAACAGGGAGGUAUUGUAACUAUACCUGUCACAUUUUCUUUUAACAUUGAUUUUGACCUUUCUAUGGUAGAUGGAAAUAAUUUAUAAACAUGCCAUAAAAACUCCCAUUGUAUUUUUAAGGUUUUUUGAUAUAGUUUGUUACUGUACAUACUGUUCAUUAAAUCAGGACUUGAGAUUUGAGGCAAGUUUGUUUCAAGGUUCCCAUUAACAGCUUUGUGUGCUAACAUGCUGUGACAGCUGUGUAUUGUAAUCAGUUGUAAAGAACUUGAAGAUUGUACAUUAGAUUUUUUUAAUUCCUUUUUAAUAUUGUUUAGCUUGUGGGAGCUAAUUACUUUUUUUACUAAGUGUGACAUUUAUAGUUCCAAGUUACUGCACGUAUCUGGUAUUAAAGAUGUAUGUAAAAAGUUGAUUCCCAAAUCACGUUCUGUGUAGCACUGCUUGGGGCCUGGAUCUUGAGGUACUUUCCUGCAGAAAAGUUUUAUUUUUCAGAACUAUAAAAUUCCAGGCCUGUCAUACUUUUAAACUGUAGAAGAGACUAUUAGGUUCUAUUGUUAAUGCCCAUUAAAGUUACAUGAAAUGGGAUUUAAAAUAACACUCUUUAUCAAGCAGCUUUCCAGUAAUUUCCAUUACAUUUUUGUUUUUCUUUCCUUUGAGGCUGGGGUCGAUUCUACUAUUAAGGGUACUUGUAUAUAAGAAAUACAUUUAAAGGUAAUUUGUGACACCAAUAAGCUGAUUUUGAAAGUCAAAUUUUAGCUAGUACCCAGAAACUAUUCCCAUCCAUGCACUAUACCCAUUCAUUCAUUCAUAUUUAUUGAGCGCACGCUUACUGUGUGCAAA